AUGUCAGAGCGAGUGGUGGACUCGUUGGAAGUGAAAUCCAUGUAUCUGGAGAUUGCUUCAUUAAAAAAGUCCAUUCAUGAGAAGCAGGAGAAACAAAAAGCGCUAGCUAGAGUUCGAAGUUUUCGAGUUUCAAAAGUUGAGAAAAAUAAUAAGGGAUCAUUCAGACAGGCAUACUCUAACUUGAUUUACGCGGCAGACAACUUUACAGAAGGCCCUCACAAUGGUACCAGCUCAGCUUCGUCUUUUGAAGACGCAUCAUCGAGAGAUUCUACUUCUUCACCACCGCAACAAUAUGUAACAGUUCAGUCGAAAAAUGGAAUGGCGCUCUUCAACUUGAAAAUCUACAACCAAGAGCAUGGUAGGAUGAGGAAAUUAGCACUAGCAAGGCAAAAUGUUUUUCAGGAUGUUAUGAAACAGAAGGAGAUAGAAAAGAUAAAAUCCAGACUUUCAAAAAAUAAGUUCAAAAGCAGUCAUUGCGAUCGAAUUUUGUUAAAUGGCACAAAAUAUGCUGUUGGGGGAUCUGGAAGAGUUUUGUUACCAAUAAUAUCGAAUCCUAUCAAUGCUCCCGUGAAUGUAAUGUGGAACAAGAAUUUGUAUAAAAAGUUGAAUAGUGGGACUUACAAGAAGGUAUCAAAUGAAGUGAAGAAGAGCAAGGAAGCGUGUCGAUAUUUCACAUCGACGGCCCUGAAAUUAAAAGGUUCUUGUCAAAAGGGUUCAAGAUGUAAAUAUGAUCAUGCAGUAGAAAAAAUCAAAAUUUGUUCUCAAUACUUGAAUGGUGCAUGUGUAAAUUCAAAUUGUUUAUUAAAUCAUCAACCAAAUGAUCAUAACACUCCUUUAUGUCGAUAUAAUCUCGAGGGUAAAUGCCAUAAUUCACAAUGUAAAUAUAGUCAUAAUCUUCCAAAGCAUUGUAAGGAUCCAAAGUAUGAGCUAUGGGUAUGCAGGCCAUUUUCAAUAGGUUCAUGGUGCUCAAGAGGCAAAAAUUGUCCAUUUCUUCAUGUUUGGAACUGUCCGGACUAUGAGGAAGAGCAAUAUUGUUCAAAGGGAGAUGAUUGUACUUUAAAUCAUCAAUUCACAAAAAGAAUUCAAAACCAAAUUAGUACAAAGUCUAAUACAUAUAUUAGAGAAGAUGAAAUAGUUAUUGAAGGAGAAAAUGAGGAAGAAUUUUCAACAACUGAAAGGAUAGUAAUUAAUAGUUAUAGCGUUUCUCCUGAUGUUUUACUCGUUACUGACGAUAUGGGACGAUAUCAAUAUUUUAUUGAUGUACAAAGCACACAAGAAGGAAUUGAGCCAGCUCCCUCAACUGAUUAUAUAAUUGAAUUAUCCGAUUCUUCUGAUGAUGAAGAGGAGCUAGAAGAUGAUGGUUAG